AUGUCCUACACCCUGACCCUUGUGGAUCGUUGGCACCCUAAGAAGCCAGUUGCUUUCGCCGCAGUCCGUGCUCAGCUUCUGCGUGAGCUUGCGUCUCGCAUCCGCGUCGCUUCUGGCCUGGACGUCGAUCCCUUUGAUAUGACGCCGCCGAUCGAAGAAGCUGCCCGACACCAACAGGACCUCGACGAAGCGCGUACCCUUCUAGCGAAUGAUGCAGAGGUGCAGCGGUUGCUCACUCUCUAUGGACGUCUGCUUCAAUUCGACGCCAAUGUGCUGCUUCCUGGCUCACAGUGGUGGAGAUUUCAGAGAGGGUACAGCACAGAAGAGCACUCUCCGUUCCAGCUUCCCUUUUAUCCGUGUUCGACUCUCUUGCAAAGGAUCCGGAAACUAAAAGGGAUCAAAUCUCUACGGCCGCCACUACACUAUGCCCAGGUGCAGCCGCACCUGAAGCUUACUGUCGACAUCAUGCAUGUGUGUCUAACGGAUCAUUACCUGUUCGGCAGUGAAGAUGUCUUGGCACAGGAUGUUAUGCGCCUUUAUGAAGUCUACUGUUUUCUAAGCAACUACAAAAGCGGAGAGCAACUGACUACGAGGCUCCGGAGUGCAAUCCUCUACAGUGAGGAAGUAAGGCAGCGACUUGGUGUCUACACUCCAAUGGCGCUUUAUGCCAUUGCAAGAGGUGAAUCACCGACGGAGGCAAUGAAGCAAGAACUUCGGCAUGCUGAGCAGGUUCUCGUUCAGUGGAAGCAAUCUCAACCCCAGCAAUGGCAGAACUGGCUGCAACACCUAAAGCAGAGGAGACAGCUCCGUCUCCAACGCGACGGCGAGGCUCUUCUCUUCAGCAGAUGUGAAAGUGACAUUGAAUCAAAAUGGCAGGAGCUUAUCCAAGUCCGCAGAAGGCAUGGCUUUUCCCAAACUAACCUUGAGAUGAACGUAGCACUCAUUCAGACCAACGCUGAGGAGGACGCCCUAACUCUUCAGAAAGAGAUUUUCGCUGAAGCGGAAGAGGUCUUCUUCUACCACAUAGAUACGGCAUGUUCAGGAGGGAAAAGCGUCCAGCAAGUCUUGUCGCGAGCAGGUGACGGCGGCUCCUCGGACCAAAGUGGUAGCCUACGGGCUGCUAAUCACCUAUUACCGAGUAUCUGGGACUAUGAGGACAAUGAAGACGAGGGAGGUCCGGGACACAAAACGCACGGUGCGAUGGACGGAGAACGCACAGAGUUCUCUUUUGGGAUCCUUCUGACCGAAGGCCUCGAGGAACUAUCGUUCGAUGUGGAGCUACAACAUGCAGUAGAGUUUGUCUUCCAGCCAACACCUCCUGCAGAACCUAUGGGCGUGCCACUGGGUAGCAGCCCAUAUGGAACGCUUUCCAAUAACGGAGUGCCGUGCCAUGUCUCGAGAUCACUGUCUGAGGGCAGGUCUCACCCGCAUCUGCUCCGGGUACCAUCCACUUUUGGGCCAUCGUCGAGACGCGGCAGCUUCUUAUUUCAGGAGACGGAGCUGAGAUUGGCUGUCCCAAGCUGGGACGAGGAAAUGGCCUCGGCAGCGCAAGAAGAAGCUGCCGCAGUUGCAGCUGCAAUGGCUGCCGAAAUCGAACAGGAAGCCUAUCAAGCUGCCGCUGUAGUCGCAGCUGCUGCCGAGGCUGCCAGGCAAAUUGCUAUUCCGGAAGAGCCAACAAAAUUCGCUUGGCACACACACCGGAACCAACAUGUACCAAACGUCGCUGUCGCCGGGGAUCCGGGUGCACGUACGUCCGUGCGGGGAAGUCACGGCAAAAAACUUUUCGACAGAAGGCCUCUCUUUACCAGGCAGCAGGGACGGGAGCACGGGACCGGAGCCUCUGGAUCCCCUGCUGCCACGGAACAACACGCUUUGGUAGCGGCUGCCGAGGAACAAAGCCUGUCCUCCGGAGAUACGCACAGCAGGGCGGCAGCGGAAGGAAGAGUCGGCGGGGCAGUGGAGAAGCCUAGUCGAACGCUGAAAAAACUAGAGGAGGAACAAGUUGCCACUCCAGAAGUGUCCGUGUCCCCUCAUCCAAGCGCGGAAUGUCGCCGGCCCUCUCCACCCACUUUCGCUGCAAAUGCCAGUCACACCAGUCCGCCGAAUGACUCAGAGGUGGUCCCACAACAGCAACUGGCAGGCCACCAUGAAGCCACUGUGGUCCGGCAUCAGCUUAUGGGCAGUGGGGUGCCAAGUUAUUCUCAGUCUUGCUCGCCUCCUCGGCUUCCACAACCCAUUUACAGUCCCGGUGCCACAGACCCUGCGUUGCCUUUUCGGCCUCCGCGCCCUCACAUUGUGGCAUCAUCAGCCAGCGGGGCGCCGCUACCAACCCCGGCAGUUGUGGUAUCGCGGCCGAAGGCCACUGCGUGGUAUUCACAUCCUCGGGAAACUCUGGGCGAUUCGGCAGGUUACAACGUCUCGUGGCAGCGAACAGGUGGCCGAGCUGUCAGCGACAAAGCGUAUCGGCUGCUUCCAUUUCCAGCUCCUGAUUGGAGCUCGCCUUCGUCCAAAAAUGGUGUGCCUGAGCUACCUGGUCCUGCAGAGCAGCACGCGGGAAUUCUACAGGGAACGGAAACCUCACGCCUAUCUCGCCUGACUGAUGUAUGCGAGCAUACGCUGCCAAAAAUGUUGAAGGUCUUCCGGGUACCCUCCAGCAGCUAG